AUUUGACAAUUGUUUUUAUAAUUAACAUAAAAUAAUUUGUUAAUAAAUCAGAUGAAAAUGAAUAUAUUUCUAACUUUAUUGGUUAUCGUAAGCAUCUCUUCAGUUGUUGUCACCGCUGACACAGAAUUACAACAAUUCGCACAAAACCUCAUUUCAUUACUGAAUCCAAACGGAGCCGACAUUAAUACCAAUAGUCUUCUCAUUCAAUUAGUAAACGGCAAACAUUCAUCGCUCGGUUCAUUAGUGGGAGAGAAUUCAGAGCACAGUUUCAAACUGAACGUAUCGUUUGCCGGUGUUAUCGGCGUUAGUGUCCAACGAAAUGAUGACAAUCCGAUUGAGUUGUCGAGUGAAUACUUGGGAGGUCUGGCCAUACGGGCGAACGCUAACCGAUCCAAUGCCAUAGAGUUUGACGCUAACAACAAACCCGUUAACCCUUUCCUCAAGAAUAUCUACGAAACAAAUGAAAACUCACAAAAAUCUGUGUCAGACAACGAGAUCGCCGUUUUGGUAGCGCACGGGUCAAUCACUGGCGCUGAGAUUAGAGCUAAUAAUCGCACACUUGAUAGCAGUUUAAUCGGAGUAAACAAAUGCCUGACCAAUAAUCUGAUGGCCACAACUCUGGCCUCUGUUGUGACCCUAAUGGUCAACAUAUAUCUGGUCACUCACUUUAAAGACAACGAUUACCGACAAUGUGUGGGCACAGGUCUGGCCCUGUCGUCGGUGUCAUCGGCAGUACAACUGAUGGUUUCGUGUGUGAUAUGCGGUUCCGUCGGCCGAAAGUCGGAGAAUAUAAGAGAAGUGUUGGACGCCGUGAACGGACCGGAGCUGACGGACGGCGAGUUCCGGGAAGUGUUGCUCUUUAAAGAUAUUGUUAGAAAUGGCAGCACAUUUGGCUUCACUUUCGGCGGUUUCUUUGUUCUUAACAAAUGUGUACUCAUUUUGCAAAACAAGUGGCAAAAGGCCAAACAAAAGAUCACCAUAAAUGCUGUAAUCGACUCAAUUGAUCCGUUUAAACCGCUGCCGAAGACACUGCAAAUCCCGGGCGCAGACUGUCAUCCCUAUCGUAUCGGUCUAUCGCUGUAUAAAAGCAAAUCUCCGGUAAAGAGACGAAUAUUUCACAAUCCGUUUGUAGUGUUUGUAUUCGCGUUGUCGUCGAUUGUGAGGAAUCUGUUCUACAUCUUUACGCCGGCGACAGAUGUCUACUACUGGCCCACUGUUCACGAGUUCCGGCUCUACAGCGGAGACUUUGGCUUCUUUAUGGGUAUUUCUGUGCCCUUAAACCUACUGUCACUCGUCGUCCACCUAUUGGUACUGCUCUCGCAAAUCAUUAAUAUCUCCAACUAUUUACACCACAUUCCGCCGACGGAUAUGCGGGUGUUUGAGAUGAUGGCCGGUCUGAUGGCUCCGGCGGCCUGCGGUCUGAAGGAUCGGCAAAUGAUUUACAAACUGGUGAACCGAUGCCGCAAACUGUUGGCCUUUACGCUAUACGUCGUGCCGCUCAACAAAGUGAUGGCUUUCUUCUUCGUUGGCGCCAAUUAUCUGACCAAAUGUACGCUCAAAGAGCUGGCGCUGGUUGUGGUGCCGCACACUAUGCUGUGGGCCCUCUCGGCGCAGAAUGUAUUGGGUGUAAUCAUAUGGCAAUUCAUCUAUUACUUCAUGAUUAUCUCGUAUCUGAAGAUGAAGCUCGAGUUCUUCAACCAGAGUCUGCGGUCACUUAUGGUACGUCCCAAUAGAUCCAUGGAAAAUGAUUUGUUACAUCUGUGUCGCGAGUUUGACGCCAUUUACGCCGAGAUCAGUCUUUACAACCGUAUGUAUUGGUCAAAGUUCUUGGGCUUGAUUUGGCUGCUGAUGAGUAUCAUAAUAACAUUGUCCGUGUAUUUGAUUCUAAUGCCUGAAGUGAAUCUUAUAACAAAGGCCUUCUUUGCCUUCUUCUUGAUUAUAUUCACAUUCAUUUUGCUGUUUAUAAUACAAAUCUCUGCCUCCAUAUACAAGGAGGCCAUGAAAUCGUAUAAAUUUUGGCUAUUAAAGCCGUGUCAUUGUGUAAACGAUAAUAUCAUAUGCGGCGGAGAAUCGGACAUAAAUCUAUCAAAAGUCUUCACUGUAUUGAAAGACAAUUUGGCGGCCAAUAAGAAACACUUCAAACAACUUCUGGUGAAUAACACCGCUAUUCAGGGAUUGGAGGAAAACACGUUCAAAGACAUCACAUUUGACGAGAUCCACAUCAAAGGCUGCCGUAAC